CAUUUCACACCCAACCAAACCAACCACCUCAUUAAUUCCUUCCUUCCUUCCCCUCAUCGAUAUAUCAUCUUCUUCUAUAAAAUAUAAAUCAAUCAAUAAACCAGCUACAACCAUAUUCCAUCAAAUUAAAAGAAAAUGAGCAAGUGCAGUUUGAUGGUGGUGACGGUGGGCUUGUUGUUAUGUAUCGUGGGUGGUGGUUGGGCGCAGCAGUCGUUGUCGGAGCAGUGUUCGCAGAAGCUACCGGAGGUGAUGACGUGCGUAGCCUUUGCUUCGGGCAAAGAAGGCAGCCCACAGCAAAAGUGUUGUGAUUCGGUGAAGGAGAUGAAAGAGAGUAACCCGGCGUGCUUGUGUUUUCUCAUACAGCAGAUCCAUAACGGAACCAAUCCGGCCUUGCAGAAGAUGAAUAUUCAAGAGGCUCGCCUUCUUCAGCUGCCUUCUGCUUGUAAGCUCGCUAAUGCAAGCGUCUCCGACUGCCCAAAGCUCUUGAAGUUGCCACCAAAUUCACCGGAUGCCGCAAUUUUCAAUAAUGUUACGAACACUGUUUCUACACCAACAGGAGGAUCGUCGCCUACCUCUACAACUCCCUCACAAGCGUUCAAACAUGGAGCAACAACACUCUUAAGAUCCAUUAUUGUUUCUUUCCUUGUUUUCUUGAUAAGUGGUUUUGGUGUCUAAAUUUUAGUCACGCCAUAGAGUGACAAUUAGUUUAUGCUUGCUAAUAACUAUUUUAAGUUUUUAAUGUAUGGAGAUUUAUUUAUAGUUACUUUUGUUUUGAUAUA